AUGGAGGAAAAGAUUGAGGAUCUAACAAGAAUGAAACCGCUAAGGGCCACGUCCGACACGACCCUGGAAGCCACGCCUGAGCCAUCCACAGUUGCUUCGACAAAGACAACCAAGCGACAGAUGGUGUCAUCUAGCUCCGAAUCAUCAACGACAGAAGACGAAAAGAAAGAGCAGGAGAGCGACAAACCAGGCCCCUCUAAGACUUCUACGCCAAAAAAGCCAUCCAAGUCGGAAUUCAUAAGGAAAAAGAUUGAAAAGGACCUGACAGGAAAAAGAUUGAAAAGGACCAACCGUGAUGAACUAUAA